AACUAUUAGUUCAUUAUGGCAAGAAAAGAGGAACCUAAAAUUCAACCAAAUAAUGAUUUGGAGAAAAAAAUAAUUGAAGCUUUCGAAGUAUUUGACCAUUCUGGGAAGCAAGUCGUAGAUGUAAGGGAAAUAGGAACAAUUCUUCGAUCUUUGGGUUGCUGUCCAACUGAAGCCGAGAUACAAGAGGUGAUUUUAGCAACGGAAAACAAAGAAGCAACUGGAAACGUUCCGUUAACGAACUUUUUACCUUACAUGUGUAAAGUCAUGAUAGAACAUAGGUUUUAUCCGGCGAGCGCUGAAAUGCUGUUGGCUGCAUUCAGAUAUUUUGACACGGAGGCACGUGGGUACCUCACUAAAGAGAGGUUCGCCAAGCUUAUGAUGGAAGAAGGAGAGUCAUUUACGCAGGAGGAGUAUGAUGAAAUGAUGCAAACAGCGUUAGAUCCUGUAACAGAUACAAUAAUGUACGAAUAUUACAUCAACCAACUUAUGGUGGCCCCCAAAGACGUUUACAAUUUAGCUGAUGCCAUAGAAGCUGAAAGGAAAAGAUUAGAAGCAGCAGCGCCGAAAAAAAGACGUGCAUCGUCUCUCUUACGCGCCACUGGAAAUUAGAUUACGUUCUGUUUUGGUGGAAGAAGCGGUGGAGACCACAGAGCCACCGAAGUAAGAUGAUCAUCAAAAUUUAUCUGUCUUAUUAAAUUUAAAAUUAUUAUUACAUUAAAUUAUUACAAGUUCUCG